UGCUCCUCACGAGACCUCAGGUGCAGGCGUCUCUGGCGAUGGAUGACGGCAUGUGGACCAGCGAUCUUCAACCAGACAGCUGAUGGUGGUUUCAGAAUCUUGCAGCACAAGAUGCAUCUUUCAACGUUCGCGUUCAACGCUCGAAGACUUCGAAACCGCGAACCUCUGGAGAAGGUUCUUGCGUGCAGCUCGCCAGACCUUGCAGCCCCUGCCAGCCAGGCUCCACGUUCCCGAAUAUCCCCACACUUCGCGCCAUCGUCAACCUCCCACCCUCACGAAUUCAAAUCAUCGAUGGCAGCUCAUCUACCAGGUACCGUGAGGUUGCGGAUGACGGGCCAUCUGCCUAGUGCUUCCGAAGGGGCACGCCAUUCGCCAUUUGGCCGUCUUCAAGACACAUCCGACAGCCGACUUGAGUUGGACGUGGUCCAAUAAUGGCGCCAAGACAAAGCACUGGUGGCUGGUGAAGGGAAUGAUGAGCGAGCGAGACGGGACCACGCCCCAAAAAUACCCUGUUGAAAUCCUCUGCCAAGAUGUGGCUGCACCGCUUCGAGGUCUUGUUCUGGCAUGCUCACAGCCGCAUGGCCGCAGUGAGCAGUGUGUGGACACCUCGUCGAACCGUGGAGAGGAGGCUUGCCUUUGACAAGAUUCCAUGACCAAACGUCACACCUCUUCUGAUGAUGGCGUCAAGAUGUGGGCGUAGGCAUCCGCUGCCUAUCUGGGAGACGGAUGCAGGACCUGGUGGGGCGCGCUGACGUGCG